CGAAGUUCAUGUCGGCCUGACGCAUAGACUGAGUGAGAGUCUGAAGAAGAGGAAGAGUAAUGUUUACAAUCAGCAGUAGCACUUCCUCCGAAAGACGCUAUAAACUUCAACCUGAACACAAGUUCAAUCUAAACACAGCUCACAGAAUGAAGACGCUGCUGCUUUCACUGCCCUGUCUGUUUGUGUGGUGUCAAACCACAGAAGCUUUAACUGAUCAACAGGUGGUUUUAGGACAGAGUGUGACUUUAGCCUGUGAGUACAGAUUAAAAGCCGUUAUUUGGUUUGUGACAAAACUACCAGCUCGUCCAGAGAUGAUACUGCGAACAUAUGGACCACCCAAACAGGCGACAUAUUACAACCAAACAUUCAUCAACAAAUACUCAGAGGGAGACUGGAGCCACUUAUUAAUCAGUAAAGUUAGUGUUGAUGAUUUAGGAAUUUAUUACUGUGUAAAACCAGGCUGGGAUCUAGAAGUCAGUGAUGGUAUCAGACUGCACACCACUGAAUCCCCCAGAAUUCACAAUGAGCCAGAGCAAAAAAAUCCACCACAAGAUCAGACAACACUUCAGAUUCCCAUCAUCAUGUUCAGCCUGUUGACUGUUGUGCUGUUUGCUGCAGUAAUAGGUUUAUUAGUGAUGAACCACAAACUGUCUAAGAAAAUUCCUAAAUAUGUCAAUUCUCAUCAGAUUUCUACUUUGAAGUUUCAUGAGAGCAACAGAGGAAAAACAGAUCCUGAAUAUAUAGAGGUUGUGCCAAAUAUCUAGAGGCCCUCAAUAUGAAACAAUUUCAUACUGAGAGAUUGUGCUGCGGUUUGCUCUAAAUGAGCAGAAUUCUGUGCUGCUUGAACAUGAAUAUUAAUUUUCUUUUGUCUGUACGGAAUAAAACAUGACUAAAAUCUGCCUGCAAUUAAAAUGUUCAUCAAUUACAUAAUAAUGUUUGCUUUUAGAACAAAUAAACAUGGUAAUGUUUUUGUUUUUUUGUAAUGUUUUGUUUGUUGGUGUCUCAAAUGUAGUAUUACUUGUCCGCCAGUGGGUUCACUGCAGUGAAUGGCUGCUGUCAAAAGCCAUCCAAACAGCUGAUAAAAACAUCACAAAAAAUUUGUUGUCAUAAGCUGUGAUCGUUUAGAGCCCUUUGAAGCUCGCAGGCACCAUAGAAGUCCACUAUAUGGAGAAAAAUCCUGAAAAAACAAUUUCUUUAUGACUGAAGAAAGAAAGACAUGAACAUCUUGAAUGACAAGGGGUUGAGUAAAUUAUCUGUAAAUUUUGUUCUUGAAAGUGAACUUUAAUAAAGAUAACGUCUA